GACUCCCAGAACCGGUUAUCUUCAUUAUCUCCAGCAUUUUUGGAGAUAUUCGCCCCCGCAAUGAGAAGGUGGGGAGUGAUAACAGCGAUCGACCUGAUUGGAAAUACACGGGAGGAACGAGGGGUUCGGUGAUCGGCUGCGGUAUGAAUUUAAAUAUCCCUCCUUCUCUAGACAAUCGACUGGCUUGCAAUUAGCAAAGGCUCUUGUCCUCGUUACUUCGCGCAAUUCCGAUUAAGAAUCCCUUCCUUCCAGCCUCUGUACAAUAUCAUCGCCAAAACGAUGGGAAAGAAGCGCGUUCUCAUCACCUACGGAGUUGAUGUCGACGCUGUCGCAGGAUGGCUCGGUUCCUACGGUGGAGAAGAUUCAACCAGCGACAUUAGUCGAGGUGUCUGGGCGGCUACCGUUGGUACACAGCGUGUUCUAAAGCUCUUCGAAAAGUACGGAAUCAAGUCGACAUGGUUUAUCCCUGGUCAUUCGUUGGAGUCCUUCCCCAAGGAGAUGGCAGCUAUUCGCGAUGCAGGACACGAAAUUGGGUUGCAUGGUUAUUCUCACGAGAACCCGAAGGAUAUGACUCUGGAACAACAGCGGGAUAUUUUGGAUAAGACAUACCGGAUGCUCACUGAGUUUGCUGGAAAGCCUCCUCGAGGAAGUGUGGCUCCAUGGUGGGAAACCAGCAAAGAAGGUGCCCAGUUACUUCUCGACUAUGGAAUUGAAUACGAUCACAGCAUGAGCCACGAAGAUUGUCAAGCAUACUACCUCCGAACAGGCGAUACAUGGACAAACAUCGACUACACCAAGAAGGCAGAGGAAUGGAUGAAGCCCAUGGUUUUCGGACAGGAGACAGGGCUUGUUGAGAUUCCUGCCAAUUGGUACAUUGACGAUCUCCCGCCAAUGAUGUUCGUCAAGACAGCUCCCAACAGCCAUGGUUUCGUGAAUGCUCGCGAUGUUGAGGACAUCUGGCGUGAUCAUUUCGAUUAUUUCUACCGGGAAUAUGAUGAGUUCAUCUUUCCGAUUACGAUUCAUCCUGAUGUAUCUGGAAGACCACAUGCGCUUUUGAUGCAUGAAAGACUCAUUGAGCAUUUCAAAAAGCACGAAGGCGUCGAGUUCGUGACAAUGGAACAGGUCAGCGACGACUUCAAGAGCAAGAAUGCUCCUGCGGCUGGGGCACUUAUGCCAGCCAAACCAGGAGCUAUACUGGAGAAGAAUUAAGAUAGUUAUUGCUUUUUGUUUAUGGUUUAACGACUUGUAAAUGACAAUGUUUAGUAUUUUCUACUCCAACUGGUUGGGACAUUGAGUUAGCAUAUAUUACUACAUCAAAUUAUCAUAAGACUAUGAAUAUAUGAUCGGUAUGCU